GAGACUUGAGAGAGCAACCAGAAUUAUCCCACUUUACUGACAUACUGAAGACUCAGGGUCAGGAAUUGGCAGAGACCUGUUUUAAAGCCAGCUCUACCUGACCUGCUUGGGCUCUGUCCCUGGGCUGGCAAAGGCCCUGUACUGGAGGAGUCCAUGAAGCAGACUGCGGUACAGACCUGCGUGAGCCGGUACAAGGCUGCUCUGCUGGGCCUAGGUGUAUUAUUGUUCAUGCUGCUAUUGUAUGUGGGACUGCCUGGCCCCCCUGAGCAAACUUCCUGGCUCUUGGGAGACCCCAAUGUCACAGUCUUGGUUGGUCUUACCCCAGGAAACUCCCCCAUCUUUUACCGUGAGGUGCUUCCACUCCAUCGGACACACAGGGUGGAGGUGGUGCUGCUUCAUGGAAAGGCCUUUAACUCCCACACAUGGGAGCAGCUGGGCACACUGCAGCUAUUAUCACGGAGGGGCUACCGGGCUGUGGCCCUUGACCUUCCAGGUUUCGGGAACUCAGCACCUUCAAAGGAAGUAAGCACCGAGGCAGGGAGGGCAGAGCUGCUGGAGCGAGUUUUGCGGGACCUGGAGGUGCAGAAUGCUGUGUUAGUGAGCCCCUCACUGAGUGGCCACUACGCCCUGCCCUUCCUGAUGCAAAGCCACCACCAGCUACGUGGAUUCGUGCCCAUCGCUCCCACCUCCACCCAGAACUACAACCAGGAACAAUUCUGGGCCGUGAAGACCCCAACCCUGAUCCUGUAUGGGGAGCUGGACCACAAACUGGCUCAAGAGUCACUGCAGCAGCUCCGCCACCUGCCCAAUCACUCUGUGGUGAAGAUACACAACGCAGGCCAUGCCUGCUACCUCCACAAGCCACAAGACUUCCAUCUCGUCCUCCUUGACUUUCUUGACCAUUUGUCUUGAACUAACCCACUUCUGAAGCCCUAGGCCUGUCCUGUGCUAGGAGGGUCUGGACCACCACUCUCUCCCCACCAGGGAUGCAGGCCCAGCCAGGCCCAAGGGGCAGGCCCAGCCAGAAUGUCUCAUUUCACUUCACAGGCACAAUAAAGAAAAGCAUAUUUGUUUUGCCUAGAGAGUAACAGGCUCUCUUUCCUGGUGUGCCUCCAGAGAGGUAGGGGUGGGAGGCAAGUUUGGGACUGUUUAGGGGCAGGUGCUGGGGUUGGAGGGGAUGCUCCAGAACCCUGUGGAUCCAAGAGUGAGCCACUUCCUCACUGUAUGACUUCUGUAUGCCUUAGUUUAGUCAUCUGUUAAACAGACAUGAUGGUAACAUCUAGCUCGGAGGGAAGUUGUAGGAUUGAAUGUGUCUGGUAAGUAAAGCAUUUGGUCAUGUGGAGAUGGGGAAAGCAGGGGUGCAUGUUAAUGCUGCUGUAUGACCACUGAGAUUGGUGGGAAAUCCAGGGUCUGGGUAGCUGAGCUGAGUGUGGAAUGUAGAGUGUGUAGACACAAGUAUGGGGAAACUGGUUUACGAAUUAAAACAGCAUUGUUAUUGAAU